AAUCCGGGGCGAACGCGCAGAUCAUCGGCAUAAUCGACCUCAUUUAAAAGGGCAGGUUGACCAUUUCAUCUCCGCCCACGCUGAGAACUGCUGACUGACGGGCAACGCUGCAGCUCUCAUGCCUCACGUGGGGGACAUCCGUCACAUCCGUCACCCUCCUGGGCCGAUGACUUAACGCACCCUCAGCAGAUUCAGCAUUAAUACAUAAUAAUAAUAUAUUUGGAAGAGACUUGUAUUUGGACACCACAGUUUAAAACCAAGAAGGUACAGUUUUUUAACAAAUGUGACAGUUUGAGCUCGAAAUGUAUGUAAAAAAAACAUGCAGAAAGCUUUUCGAUCUCAUUGUCGAUACAAUACAUAAGGAAAAUAAUACCAUAUAUAUGUCUACAUGCUUUAGUAUGAAGCCUCACUUCGUUCGUCUUGUAUUAGUGGUACUCAGCAGCUAUAAGUGGUUCAUGGGCAUUUUUAAGACGAUGAGUCAUACAAAAACAACACAUAUGCAGUAUAUAUGUAUAUUCAUGCUCAAACUGAAGUCUAAAUAUGUGUAAAAUUAAACUACAUGUAUUAAUACAAACGUAAAAAUAAAAACAUGGUGAUAAAUGCAACCGUGGGAGAUUUUAAAGCCACAUUUUACUUUAAAUUGUUUCCUUUUCUCAUAUCGACAGUCCAGGAAAGGUUCAACUCAUGUCAGUUUGCUUCUUGAAUACAUUCACAGGAGCAUCGCCGGGGUUCAUUCAACGUGCAAAAAAGAAGGGCAUACGCUUCCUAAUACGUAAUCACCGUAAAAAAAAAACACGGGAAGCAACAUCUCCACAGAUGCAACCAGAGUGAUAAUCCCCAAUUGUCCAAUGAGUUUCAUGAUCAAUACCACAAAAAGAUUGGCCUGUUGAAGGCUUCAGACAGGCACAGAUGUACUACAAAUAUUUGGCUGAAAAUAAAAUUUCUUCCUCUGCUCUAGUGCAAUAAUGUAAUAUGUAAAAGACAUUCAGUAUGUAUGCUUAACAUAGUUUGCAUUACCCUGUAGCACAUUAGCAUUAACAGUCAUGUCAGAUAUUAUUAUAAGCGAUAAAAGUGAUAAGUGGCCGCAACAGGGUUCUUCCCCCCCCCAUUGUGUCUCACAAACAGCCUUAAAUAUAGUUUCCAACACUUUGAAAGCGCAUUUCUGGACAACAACGAAAAAUUGAAUGCACAUAUUAUGUAAAAACAUGUUAUAAUAUAAUGUAUGUCAAAGCUAUGUUUUCUAACUUCAGUAAGGCCUCAUUUUCACCUCUUGAGUUUCAGCUGUCUUUGUUGUCGUCUUGUUUUGACUUCAUGUCUACACAACACGGGGCAGACAAAGUUACAACAAACAAGGAGCCACAGCGGCUCCAUGUCAGAGCCUCGGGUAGAUCUUGCUGGCACCACCGGCGACGCUUGUUUUCUUCCCCCAGUGCAGAUGCCUGUAGAUGGAGUCAAACACCGACACCGUGUAGCGUGCAAACAGGGUGGUCCACCUCACAGCAUCCACCAUCCACUGCACGGAGCGCCCCGCGAAGGCCACAAACACCGAGGUGUAGUGAACCAGCAGCAUCAGGCUCCUCCCGAGCCGCCUGCCGUGGUUGAUGAUCUGGUUGACUCUUCGUUUGUGUCCUAUCAUCAUUAUUAUGUCUUCUGAAUUCUUCCAGAUGUAGAAAUUUAAAUAUAUAUAUAUAUAUAUAUAUUUUUAGUUUACAGAUAAUUUGUCGUUUUGAUGAAAGUAGAAUACGCCUGCGAAAAUUGGAGACGGUCCCUUUAAAAAAUUUGCAGACGGCCCCUUAAAAUAGCAAGUCCGGGCUGACCAAUCAGAGCGAAGGAAGCUUUGCUUCCGGAAUAGUUUGAUGAUGUGGCUAUGCUCUGCCAUCCAUCCGAGGAAAUAUAUCACAUAAAAAGCAGAUACAUUCAUCUUGGAAACAAUCUCACAGUGACGUCUUUAUGUUCAGCCGUCUGGCCACGGUCCUCCAGGAGCUCUCUGGAGAGGAGGGCCCAGAUGGAGAUACGCAGGACAUGAUGGUGCCUCAGCUCCCCGACGGCGAGGGCCCGGCUCCUGUGGAGUCUGAGGGCCCUGAGGAGGCCAUGGAGAGGCUGGCUCACCUGGAACAACUGGUGGUCCAGCUGAAGGAGUUCAUCCGAGACAAGGACACCCAGCUGUUUAACAAAGACGCACAGCUCAAGAACGAGAAGGAUGAAGCUGACGCUCGCUUCAUCAAACUCAAAAUGCAGGCCAAAGCAAAGAUGGUGACACUCAACAAACAGAUAACGGAUUUGAGAGGACAAGGAGAAGCACCACAGAGUCCAGACAGCUCCUUCACGGGAACCGGCGCCGCAGUGGAGGAGGAGCUCCACGAGCUGAAGAACAAGCUGGGCGAGGAGGAGGCCAACAGCCGAGAGCUUCGGGAGCAACUCCAGACCACCGAGCGGCUCCUCCAAGAGAAGGAAUCUGCCCACGCUGAACAGUUGGAGAAACUGCAGGCGGUGGUCUGCGAGAAGGAUGUUCGUUUCCAGGAACAGAUCCAGAAACACGAGGAAGAGCUGCUGACGGUCACAGCACAGGCUCAGAGUGACGGCGAGGUUCAGCAGGCUCUGCAUGCAGCACAGAGGCGUUGUGAAGAACUCGAGGAGGCCUUUCACUCUCGGUCCCAAGUGCUGGAAAUGCUGCAGCAGGAAGUAAGCAGUGCUGAUCAACAAAAACAGAUCUUGACCGCUCAGUUCCGGCAGAUGGAGCAGGAGCUGGCCGAGGCCGUCGGGCGGAGGGAGGAGGAGCGGCGGCAGUGGGCCGAGCGGGCCGGCAGGGCCGACGAAGAAGUCUCGGCCCUCCGAACCACCCUGGAGGACUUGGAAAGAGAGAGGGCCGAGAGGGCGGGGCAAGAGGGCGAGCUGGGCUCCCUGAGAGAAGCGGAGCAUGCGAGUCGGGAGGCUCUGGCGGAGGAGAAGAUGGAAGUCGCCAGAUUGGAGGGAGAGCUGGCUCUGAUGAAAGAGGCUGAGCUCGCAGCCGUCCAAGCGAGCCGCGACACUUCAGAGAGCGACGGGGCGGAAAUAGUUCGGCUUGAAAGUGAACUCGCAUCUAUGAGAGAGGCCGUCGUCCAGGCCGACCGGGACGCCUCGGAGAGGGAGGAGUCAGAAGUGGAUAAGCUAGAGCGAGAGCUGGCCUCCCUUAAGGGGGAACGUCAAGAUGCCCAGAAGAAUUGUGAGAUCUUGGCUGAGAUUUGGGGCCCUCUGCGGUCUCUUGCUCUUGAAGAAGCAGAGGAAGUCCCCUUCCCCGCUGACCUCUCCCUGUUCCUGGACACCGUGCAGUCUAUUGAGACGCAACUGACGAGGCUGAAAGAGGAACGCAGCGAGAGAGAGGAACAUUGCGUCAAGCUCACCCACACCGUGGAAACCCUUCAGGAACAACUUGACAGAAAAACCACAGAACAGGAGGAAACCACUGCCAAGAUGCAACAGCUGCAGGAUCUAAGUGCAACGGCGUCUGAAAGGGAUGAUGUGACUGAACCAUCAGCAGAGGAUUCAUCUGAAGCUCAAAAAGCACACCCACUGGAGCAGCAGCUUUUAGAAAAGGACAGUGAGCUGGUUGCCUUGCGGGAAUCCCUCCGGCUGGCUAACGAGCUCAGCUCCAGUGUGGUUGCGUUGUGUGAAACCUCGGAUCAGACCCCAGAUCAGGGUCAGGAGGCCAGCGCCGCCACACAUGGCGGCUCCGCGGCCCUUCCUGACUUCAUGGAGGAGACGCAAGAAGAAGAGACCACCUUGGUUGCUGAGGAUACCUUAGUCCUCUCCAUUUCUGCUGAUGAUGAGAGCAGCCCAGAGCGUAUUGGACACCAGCCUGAGUCCCCGGAAGAAUCCAAAGGGACCUCCUCAGAUGAGAUGGUCGCCAGUAGUGAUUCAGAGGUGGCCCACAGCAGCUGGACCCUCCUCGAAGCUGGGAAUCAAGACGGGGGCCAGGAGUGGCCGUCCAUCAUGCAGGACUUUGGCCAGCUGCAGCUGCAGUCGUGGGAGGCGACGAGCAUGGAGCAGGAAACCUCCACAGUGCAAGUCGAGUCCUCCUCUGUCAUUAUCCGCGAGACGGUGCAGGUUCACGUAACUCAGCAGGGUUCUUCCCCCGCAGAUGGGAACUGGGCCUCGGCUCAGGUCUUCGCCGAGGCCUUAGCCGAGGAGCUUCAGAGGAGGUACAGUGAGCUUUUGGCCGAGCUUCAGAGGCUCAGAGAGGCAGCUGCAGAGUCACAGGAGAAAAUCAAGAGUCUGGAAGAUGAGACGCAGUCGCUUACUGCUGCCAAAGAAGAGGGCGAGUCGCAGGUCAAUCAUUUUAUAGAGGAACAUAAGUCAGUCACAGAGAAGCUGCAUGAGUUCUCUCAGCAAUUCAGCGCCGCGGUGGAGAAACACGGUGUUGAAAUGCGUCUUCUGGAAGAUCAGAUAGACAUUUUAAGCUCGGAGAGUUCAGUUAAGGAGGAGAAGAUCCAGGGCCUGCAGACUGAUCUGGAAGUGGCCCACCAAGCUUUCUCCGAGCAGGAGGGGCAGGCCAGGAUGCUGAGUGCUCAGCUGGAGGACAGAGAGCUCCUCUCCUCCGAGCUGGAAAGGAGGCUUCAAGAUAUGGAAAGCAGCAUGCUGGAGUACUCUCAAACAUCCGAGUUCAACAACGACACGUUGUCAAAGAAGGACGUGGAGAUCGGCGAGCUGCACGUCCUCCUCAGCCAAAAAGAGCAGGAGGUGAUGGAGCUCAAUUACAGCAUGUCCGCUAAACUCCUCCAAGCUGAGGAAGAGAAGUUCCAGACAGACGGUGAGGUCAAUAAGCUGAAGGAGAAGAUCGUGGACCUGGAGAAAGUCCGAGAGGAGCAACAGGAAGUGACUCCUGAAGACUCAGCCGCUCAUGUGGAUGAUGAACUUGCUGGCGUGCGAAAGGAGAACGAAGUGCUGGAAACCCAACUGACGGCCGCGAAGAAGAAGUUGCAGGCUGCACUCGCGCAACGCAAAGAGCUGCUGAAGAAGGUCGCCGAUUUUGAGGAAGACGCAAAGGAACGGACGGGACGAGAUGAAGCGUCAAAGGGAGAAGAGACCCCCGCAGACAUUCCCCAGGUAGAACAAUCCGGAGGACAUGGCAUUCAGGAAAUGGAGGCUAAAGUCAUUGAACUCGAGCAAGCUUUAAGAUCCAGAGAAGAGGCCGUCGAGACUCUCGAUGCUAAAGUCAUCGAACUCGAGCAAACUUUAAGAUCCAGAGAAGGGGCCGUCGAGACUCUCGAUGCUAAAGUCAUCGGACUCGAGCAAACUUUAAGAGCCAGAGAAGGGGCUGUCGAGACUCUCGAUGCUAAAGUCAUCGGACUCGAGCAAACUUUAAGAUCCAGAGAAGAGGCCGUCGAGACUCUCGAUGCUAAAGUCAUCGGACUCGAGCAAACUUUAAGAUCCAGAGAAGAGGCCGUCGAGACUCUCGAUGCUAAAGUCAUCGGACUCGAGCAAACUUUAAGAUCCAGAGAAGGGGCCGUCGAGACUCUUGAUGCUAAAGUCAUCGGACUCGAGCAAACUUUAAGAGCAAGAGAAGGGGCCGUCGAGACUCUCGAGGUUAAAGUCAUUGAACUCGAGCAAACUUUAAGAGCCAGAGAAGAGGCCGUCAAGACUCUCGAGGUUAAAAUCUGCCAGCAGGAUCAAGUUCUCAGCGAGACGGUUGCUCUGACUAGAACGCUAAGUGACGAGGCUGCAACCUCUCAGCAGGCCGACGGUUCUUCUGAAACCACUGCGUUGCAAUCGCAAGUGGCCUCUCUAGAAGCCGAGUUGGAAACCCUUCACAGGAAGGUUCAAGAGGCCCAAGAGUCUCGCAAGGAAACCAUCCGCAAGGCCAAAGAAAAGGAACGGCACCACCGCGAACAGCUGAAGCAGCAGAAGGAAGAACACGGCGAGCUCGCGGGACGCUUUGAGGCGCAGAGCGCCGAGCGAGAAGCACUUCUGACGAAAUUGAGAGACUUGGAAGGAAACGUGAGCGGCGAAGGAGAACCUCGCAGAGAGACCAAUCGACCGGCUGAAAAUGUGUCGAAGCAAGCGGCGAGCGACUGGGUCCAGGAGGACUGGGUGGAUUUUUCCACGUCUGAGGCGGAUUCGUCGCAGCCGCAAUCCAGCGGCCCGGUUCGGCAUCCCGGGGAGCGGUCGGACGUCCUCUCUGCACAGAUGCAGGAAUCCGUGAAAGCGCUCGGAGACGAGAUCCAGACUGUGCGGCUGGCUAACGUGGAGCUGGAGAGGCAGCUGCAGGAAACCCAGACCAGUCUGUCUCUGAAAGAGGCGGAAGUGUUGGAAUUGGGCAAAGAGCUCCUCGCACUCAGGGAAAAAGAAAGGCAGAUCGAUGCGCUCUCGGGGGAAAUUCGCGAUCUCAGAGAAAAGUAUCACCGGGCCGAGUCUUACGCCGAAUCCCUGAAAGCGGAGAUGGAGGCCGAAGCAGCGAGCGCAGAUUCUACGUCCUCCAUAGCGGCGCUUCAGACCGAGGUGCAGGACUUCAAGCAGUUCCUCGACGAGAAGAACCACGAAAUCACGGAGCUGAGCCAGCAGCUGAGCGAUCAGAACUCUCUCAUCCGCUCGAUGCAGGACACGGUGUCGCAGAAGGAUCAGCUCGUCUCUUCUCUACAGGAAGAACUGAUGGCCGAGCAAGAAAAAGCCCAACGGUUAGAGGUCGAAGUCCCACAGAAGCAGGAGGAAGGAAAAGACAGCGAGGCGAAGAUCCAGCAGCUUCAACGAAAGCUCCAGGCGGCUCUGAUCUCUCGCAAAGAUGUCCUGAAAGCAAACAAAAGCCAGAAGGAACAGCUGGCUUCGGCCGAGAAGCUCGUAGCCAGUCUGCAGCAGAAAAUGGAGUCGGCGGAAUAUGAGCUGCAGAAGCUCCGAGCGGAGAGAGUUAAACUGAUCGACGAAGUCGACCGGACGCUUCUGGAAAACCAGAGCCUGGGAUCGUCCUGCGAGAGCCUCAAACUGGCCAUGGAGGGCAUCGUGACGGAGAAAGACGACCGCAAGAGGGAAGCGGAGCUGGCGAAAGAGGAGGCCGCCAGAGCCUGCGGGGAAUGGGCGGAAAAGGUUCAGGGCAUGAAGGACGAGUACGAGACGCUGCUCAAGUCGUACGAAAACGUGAGCGACGAGGCAGAGCGAGUGAGGCGGGUCCUGGAGGCGGCCAGGCAGGAGAGGCAAGAGCUCGCCACCAGGGUGAGGACGCAGGAGGCCGGGAGGCAGGAGGCCGAGAGGCAGGCGGACGAGGCCCAGAAAGAGGUGAAGGAGGUGAAAGACAAGAUGAGGAAGUUUGCCAAGACGAAGCAGCAGAAGAUCCUGGAGUUGGAGGAGGAGAACGGGAGGCUUCUAGAGAUGCAGGACAAGACCGUCAUGAAACGAGAGAGCAAGGCGCUCAAGGUUGAGGUCGAGAGACUUCAAGGAGAGCUCGGGGCUUUGAGAGCUGAGUCGGAUGCGACGGUGGAAGAAAAAAGCUCUUUAGGGCAGCAGAUUCAAGAGUUGAGGGAACAACUCGCCCAGACGAGAGAGGAGGGGGGCGGUGUAACUCAAGCUCCUGUAGAAGAGGUCGUCACUGCCAAGCAAUCAGACAUAAUCAUGAGCGAAGCCGAGCCGGUUGAGAGUCGAUAUGAAGACGAAGAAAGACCCUCAACUCCGGAGGAGUCACCUGCUGACCAAAUAGUUGCAGUGCAUGCACCAGAAACACAUUCACAACCUCCUGAGGAUCACGGAAAGGCAGAUAUUACGACGGAAAGCGUGGAGGUUUUAUUCGAGAACAAAAUGAGGGAGAUGGAGGCGGCCGUCGAUGCAGACCGGGAGCUGUGGCGGGAACAGGAGGCGGGACUCAAAGCCCAGCUGGCGUCUCUCGAGCGAGAGCUCCAGCAGAGUAAAGAGAAGGAGAGCCUUGAGGCGUCGCUGGAGAAGGGCCUUCAAGAGGGCAAAGAGAGAGAAAAGAGUCUGGUGGAAGAGGGAUCCAAGAGGGAGGCCCAGUUCAAAGAGCUGCUCGGAAGCCUCGAGACCGAGAAGGACAACCUGGAGGAGCGCCUGAUGAACCAGCUGGCGCAGCUCAACGGCAGCAUCGCCGGCUACCAGCAGGAGGCGGCGGACAGCCAGGAGCACCUCGCCGAGCUGCAGCGGGAGGCGCAGAGGCUGGAGAGGGAGAGCGCCGAGCUGGAAGCCGAGGCUCGGAGCGAGAGCGACCGGGCCGCCAGGCUGGAGGAGGACAUGAGGCAGGCGCAGAGAGAGAGGGCCGAGGCGGAAGCGGAGUCGGGUAAGCGGAGGGAGCUGGAGCAGCAGCUGAGGUCCGCCCAGAGGGUCCGAGAAGGCAGCCAGAGCCGGACGCGUCAGCUGGAGGAGCUGCUGAGGGAGAAGCAGCUGGAGGUCCGUCAGCUGCAGCGCGACUGCAUCAAGUACCAGGAGAGGAUCAGCGAGCUGGGCAAGGAGGUGAAGUCGCUGCAGCUCGGCCACGACGAGCUCCACGGCAAGCUGGAACGAUCCCGACUGGAGACGUCCAAAACGGCGGAAGACUUGAGACGGUGCGAGGCGGAGUUGGCGAGCUGCGCGUCGCAGCGGGCCGAGGCCCAGAAGCAGGCCGGCGAGGCUUCAGCUGAGAAGACGACCCUGGAACAGACGUCGGGAAAGAGGGAGGCGUCGUUGAAGGCGGAGGCCGAGCAAACCCUCGACUCUGUGAGAUUCAGGCUCGGGGGCGAACUGAAGGAGAUGGAGCUGAGGCUGGAGGAGGUGUACCGGGACCGGGACCGGGAAGAGGAGGCCACGCUGGAGGCCAGAGGGGCCGCGGAAGGAGCCGAGCGGCGCGCCCAGGAGACGCAGGCCCGUCUGGACGAGUCUCUGGCCAGGCUGGCGGCCUUCUCGCGCUGCAUGUCCUCGCUGCAAGACGACCGGGACCGAGUUCUGGACGAGACCCGCCAAUGGGAGACUCGCUUCAACGACGUGCUGCAGAGCAAGGAGGCCGAAGUCCGGGAGGCUGAAACGAGGGCGAAGGAACUGGCAGAGCAGCUUCAGAGGGAAUCUGCACUGAAAGAGCAACUUCAGCUUUCAGUAGAAAGACUUGAGAAAUCAGACAAAGGGUGGCAGCUGAAACUGGAAGAGGAGGUGAAGAAAGUCACAGAGAGCCGAGCUGCCCUCGAGGAAGCGAGCGGCAAGCUCCAGCGAACCGCAGCGGAGCUGCAGUCCGCGCAACGAGAAGUCCGCGCCCUGAAGAACGAGCUGGAGAGUGUCAACCAGCGGGCCCGAGCGCUGGAUGAGGCGGUGGGUCGGCUGCAGGGGGAAGUGGACCGGGCCCGAGCCGAGCUGAGGGAGCGGGAGGCGGAGGAGAGGCGGCUGUGUCUGAACGUGGAGCAACUGGAGACGGACCUGAGGUCCUCGAAGGCCUUGACGGAGAGUCUGCAGACGGAGUUAAACGAGAAGGAGCGGAGGGAGGUGGAGAUGCUGGGGGAGAAGGAGCAAGCUGUUGCUCAGGCUGCAGAGGAAGCUAGAAAGGAGGCCGACAGCCGGGCGCAGCAAGCCGAGGAGGAGCUGGAGAGGAGAAGAGGGGAACUGCGAGAUCUGGAGGAGAAACUGCGAAAGGGGGAGGAAGAGAGCAACAACAGAAAAGCCCGACUGGACUCUUUCAUGAACGCCAUGGGUUCCCUCCAGGACGACCGAGACCGAGUCCUCAACACGUACAAACAGCUGGAGGAGAAACACCUGCAGAUGAUGAUGGAGAAGGACGGUCUCAUCCAAGAGGCGGCGGGGGAGAACAACGGCCUGAAGGAGGAGCUGCGCUCGCUGCUCGUCCAGAGGGACGACCUGUACGCCGAGAAGGGCCAGCUGUCGGCUCAGCUCCACGGCUACCGCGACGAACUCAACCAAGUCCUGAGCAUGAAGGAGUCCCAAUACAAGCAGCUGCUGGCCGCGCAGCGAGAGCGCAUCGCCUCCCUGGAAAAAGAGCGCGAGGAGUUGGAGAGUCGGGCGAAGGACGUGAGCAGAGCCAGAGAGACGGAAGUAGAGGCGGUCCGAGUGGAGAGGGAGACUCUCGGUCGGGCCGCCGAGCUCGGGACGGCGCCGCAGGUGGUCGACGCUCCCGGAGCGGAAGUGGAGAAGCUGAGGGAGCAGCUGCACGCGGCGAGGGAUCAGGUGGCGGCGUCGGAGGCCAGCCGGCAGGCGGAGAGGCGAGCGCAGGAGAGCGACGGCAAAGAGCUGGCCGAGCUGCGCUGGGAGGGAGGCGUGAUGCGGACGGAGUCGGAGAACGCCCAGGAGAGGGUGGCGGAGCUGGCCCGGGACCUGCUGGCCGUCGAGCAGAGCCUCCUGGAGGAGAGGGAGGCGGCGGCGCGGCUGAGGGCCGAGAACAAGUCCUUCUCGAAAGCCAUGGCGUCCCUCCAGGACAGCAGGGACCAGGCGAUGAGCGACGCCCAGGAACUGAGCCUGAAGCUGGGGGAGAUGAGCAAGGCGGGAGGCCACGCGGCGCACAUCGGCAGCCCCGCGAGCGCCACCGGAGAAGUGUGGGGGCUGAAGAACGCACUGCAAGCCCUGCAGAAUGACAGGGAGAGGCUGCUGGAGCAGCUUCAAGCGCUGUCGUCCGAGCUCAAGGCCCAGAAGUCUGAGCUGGCUCGGCUGGGAGCGGGAGAGCUCAUCAAAGUCAGCCAGGAGCUGUUUGAGGAGAAGAGGAGGAGCGAAGACAUGCUGGGCGACGUGAUGCAGCUGGAGAACGUGGUGGAGAUGAGCAGGCGGGAGACGGAAGCUCUUAGACUGGAGCGGAUCGACUGGAUGGCUCAAGCGGAGCAGCUGAAGGACCAGACCCUCGCCACGCUGUCGGAGAGGGACCAACACCUGCGGCAACUCACCGCCAUGCUGGAGGAGGCCCGCGCUCAUCAGCCCAAACUGCAGCAGGAACACUACCAGAGAGAGGGCACGGAGGAGGUGGCCAGCGCUCCUGGAGCCCCACAGGAGCGGAGCAGCCUCGUCGACAGCCACGCCUACCUAGCUGAGGUCAAAGAGCUGCAGAGGAGGCUGGGUGACGAGAUGCAGCAGAGGGUGGCUGCGGAGGAGCAGCUGAUGGCCUCACAGGAUCGACUCAAACGCCAGGCUCAACGGCCGUCUGCACAAGAUGAGGACCAGACGACUCUUUUGAUCGAGCCGGAAGGACUCGUCACUCGAACUCGGAGAGGCGGCCCGGGUUUGGUGCGGAUGCUGCGAGUGGCGUUCUGCUCGCGCCAGCGCACGCCUCUGCUGUUCAGCCUCUACCUGCUCACCGUGCACGUCCUGCUGCUGCUGUGCCUGGGCGGAUACCUCUGAGACGCCUCGCUUUAACCAAACAAACAACAACAACUGACAGAUAAGGGAGAGAGAGAGAGAGAGAGGAGGGGAAAGAAAAUGGAAACAAAUACACAGACCUAACCCAAGCCAUCCAUGUGUUUUAUAUUGUUACAUAGUAAACUAGACGGGGGUGUGAAGGAUGUUCGACACACAAACGGUGCACUUUACAGGACGUCGUCUCUUAGCCGAGGAACGUCGAUUUACGGAGGAAGCUGUUGUCAUUUUAACUUUAGUUUCUCCCGUCUGACUUUGAGGGGAACCCGAGCCGAGAGGACAUAAAGGGGAUCCUUUUCUUCCGAGAGAUCGAUGGUUUUACAGCGGUGGAAAGGUCGAGUCUUGAUCAUGUAUGUUGGCAUAUUGGGUUUUUUCGUGUGCCUUUUUUAGAUUUGGAUAGGAAAAAGACAUUUUGGGGACUAGUUAGCUUAGCUUAGCAUCCAGACUGGAAGCGCCUCGUACGUUCAGAUGCUGAUAAAAGCCCCUAAAAUCCACCGUGAGACGCGCUACAGCUCGUUUGUUUAGUUCAAACGGAAACCAAAGGAAAAAAGGAACCAGUUUUUUUCCAGAGGUUAAUUGCCGGAGUUGAUAGGCAACAAUCAGAGACGCUAGGAAGUUACUUAUAAUAGCCAAAAAACGACAAAUUGUGGGUCUGAACGAGAGAUAAUUGGUCAAUUAGUGAGCUCCAGAGGUGCUUUGUAAUGUUAGCAUCGUCUCCGCUUUAUGCUAAGCUAACCUUCGACCGCCUGUCGUGAGAGUGACAUCAACGCUGUCAUCUACUCGGCGGGAAUUUCCCAAAAUGUCCGACUUUUAUCCUCCGAUGGCUUGAGGUUCAGGGCUCGUUGUUCCAGUCUUCUUCCUCUUCUCAUUUCGCACACAAAAAAAACGGAGCACAGUGCAAUUUACGUUACACAUUCCUACUGUGGGUUUUCUUUUCUCAUAAAUCACGUUUAACAAAAGGGAAAAGGGGACAUUAUUAAUAUUUGUACAUAUGUAAGCGUACGUAUGCCAGCUGGAUGUGGGUUUCCCCCUCCGACACCUCCAAUAAGAUUCCCGGUCCGUGCUUCUCUUUAUAUUUUAACGUUUUUGCUGUAGUUUUCACGGCGGGUGAAGUCGCCGCGCAGCGUUCCCACCGCGUGGAUUCAUUCCAGAGGAGAAAGACGGCUGUUUUCUGAAGAUAUCCAUCCCAUUAUAGACGACUCUGAUGUAGCAUAACUUAUGACAUGAUCUUCUACCAACGUGUCUAUCGAUUCUUUAUUUAAUUGCUCACUCUUGGUGAAAUGGCCCCUUCCUAAACAUCCAUUUUCUCAUCUUACACAAACUGAUAUAUACUUUUAACUGUACAUAAUUGUGUAAAAGGGCUGUAUAGAAAACUAAAAUAUAAUAAAAGUGUCGGUGGUGUAGAUCAGGGACGGAUCUUGUCAGGCAUUAAGUAUGUGCUCAUUUGUGUGUGUGGAAUUAAUCUGACAUUGGAGCCUUUUCUUUUUUUUCUGGAUUUACAAAAUUAAGAAUUUAUUCAUUUUUAUUCAGCAAAUCAAAACACAAUUGGUUCCUUUUCUGUUUGUGAAAUAAUUACCAAUGGGUAUCAUUAAUCAGAGACGUUGCCGUAUUCCAGAACACAUUUAUAAUUGUGGGAGUGACAUCAUGACAUACUGUGACAUUUUGUAAUUCACACAAUAAAGCGCUACAUCUUAAACACUG